AUGCAGGGUUCCCCAAAUCUUGCCCUGAAGGGCCAAUGCGCUGCAGAGUUUAGCUCCAACCCUGAUCAAACCUACCUGCGAUUUUCGAAGGCGGGUGAAGCUGAACAUGUUGCUCGCUGGAACCCUGAUCUGUCAGAGCGACUGCAGGUUCUCCAAACAGAAACUGUCCGUUAUAAAGAGGAACUGGACAAGUCUAAUGCUGAAGUACAGAGAUUGCUGGCUCUUUUGCGGGAGCUGCAGUCUGAACGUCUGGAGCAGGACAAGAUAAUCAUUGAGCUGGAGAGACAAGUGAAAGAGCAGAACCAAAAUCAGUCUGUGAAUCCAGGCCAAGCUGGAGAAAUGAGUCCCAGUCCUUCAAGACAGUUGGAAGAUUUGAUGACGGCGCUAGACAAAAUCAGAAAAGAGUUAGACGCCACAAGACAACGGUUGUCGUCUACGCAGAAUACUCUGUCUGAACGUGACAAUGAGCUGAGCAGGAUACGAGCUGAUCACAGUAAACAGCUAACAGAGAUCCUGCAGUUAAAACAACAGGCUCUGCUGGCUGCUGUCAGUGAAAAAGAUGGCUGCAUCAAUUUACUAGAACAUUCUCCAGUAAGAAACAUGGUGACCCCUGAGGACGUGAUGACCUUGAGUAGAGAAAAGGUACACAGUAGGAUGAAGCACAUGGCAGAACAUUAUGAAGUCGAACACAUUCAUCCACAGUAUUCCCAUCAUUUGCAUCAUGGACAGCAUCGUGAACUGAUCUCCCCUCCACCAGAGCAGGAUGAUGAGGAUGGCAUAUGGGCAUGACAAAACAGAAACUGGUCUUCCACCGACAGAAACCAAGGCAUCCCAGGUGGAGGAUGGAGCAUACACUGGACCCAUGCCUAAUAGGGAUUGACUAGCCAUAAAACCAAGUGGAGGCUUCCUCAAGUGCUAGCUGAGUUUAUCAAUUCCUUCUAAGAAUUUGGAAAGACGAUGUGCACCUGAACACAGAGGGGCAUCUAGAUCUACAGGGGAAGAAGAGGGCUGCCUCCAGAGCUGUUUACUUUGACAUCCAGUCUAGAGAUGUAUGUGCAGUUAUUGCAGUGAAUUUCACAUGCUGGACUGAAGAACACUGAGCACAUUGGUGCACCAUUAUCUGCUCAGGGUUCGACUAAAUGCUUUAAUGGGACUGUGUUUCUUAGAUGCACAAUGAGUGUAGGUUAUGCAGUGCCUUGCACAGAACCACAGUUUAAUGAACUGUGAAGUGUUUUGAUGUUAAAUUGUUUUGCUUUUCAUAACACAAACAUUUAUUGAAAAUGUGCUCACCCUCAGGCAAUCCAAGCCGUAGAUGAGUUUGUUUCUUCAUUGGAACAGAUAUGGAGGAAUUCCAUCACUUGUUCACCCAGGGCUGCUGCUGGCCAAAUGGGUACCCUAAGCAGGA